AUGACCAAGAAGAAGCGUCAUCAUCCCGAUGUCGAAGAAGUCCUCUCGCGACCCUGGUGCUACUAUUGCGAGCGCGACUUCGACGACCUCAAGAUUCUCAUCAAUCAUCAGAAAGCAAAACACUUCAAAUGUGAAAGAUGUGGCCGGCGACUGAAUACCGCAGGAGGCUUGAGUGUUCACAUGAGUCAGGUCCACAAGGAGAACCUCACUGCCGUCGACAAUGCUCUUCCCAAUCGCGUCGGUCUCGAUAUAGAGAUCUUUGGCAUGGAAGGAAUCCCCGAAGAUAUUGUUCAACAACACAACCAACGCGUCUUGACUAACUUCCACCAAGCUCAAGCUGAACGACAGGCAGCGACCGGCAACAAUGCGCAAAAUGGCCCGGUACCAAGCGCUCCCAAGAAACCCAAGGUUGAGCAGAUUUCCGACAUCAAGGCACGAUUGGCCGCGCAUAAAGCUGCAAAGCUGGCAGCUGAAAAUGGCGAAGGGGGAUCUAGCGGUGGCAACACCCCGAAGACUCCUGCCGCUGCUCAACUUUCUCAACCUCAAGCGAAUCCGGUAGGUCAUCUGAAGUCCCUGUUUGAUCACAUUCACUCAUACAACCUGCAGGCCGCAACACCCGCUUAUCCUGGAUACCAACAGCCGUACACCGUGCCACCAACCAACGGUUCGUACAGUCAGCCUCCAUCUUUUCCGCAGCCACCUGCUCCUGCCUCUACUGCCUAUCAGCCACCGCCUACCUAUCCUACCAUAGCCUCUCCGCCUGCAGUUGGAGCCUAUGGUCAGACGCCGAUACCACAAUCUGGACAGCCAGGCUACCCCCAGCCGUAUGGCCAACAGCCAUAUGCUCCACCACCAACAGCGCCUUUCCAGCAACAGUCAUCACCUGUCGGGUAUCCACCACAACCAAGCUUUUCACCGCCUCAGUAUAUACCACAGUAUCCAGGUCAGUCGUUCCUUGGUCAGCCGAAUGCUCUCCCUCGUCCACCUUACCCUGGCUCUCCAGCUCCCGGAUUUCCACAGCCACCUCCGCCUCUUGUACAGCAAUCACUUUCUCCUGCUACAAACGGUAAUUUUCCUGCACCAGUACGUACUGGCAGUGUAAGUCUACCUUCUGCUCCAGGAUUGCCACAGAGACCAGCGUUUGGUGCUCCACCAGUCAAUGCUUUUCAAUUUCAACAAAUGCAUCAAGGUCAGCUCCCUGCUUCACAAUCACAUAACGUUGUGUCGCAGUACGCGUCAGGCCAAGCUGCAUCAAGUACAGCUGCAGGACCUCCUCCACAGCUUCCCGCCGCUGCCGAAGCCGCUUCUUCUCUUGACGACCUGAUCGCAAAUGCCUCUAAGCAAGCAGACGCCAACGCUGCAGCUGCCGCUGCCGCUGCCUCCGCCAAGACAGCUACGCCCACAGCCCCUGCUCCUGCUGCAACCGAGCUCGUUGAAGAUAAAGCAGGACCCAAGAAAGAUAAGGAGAAGGAGAAACCAAAAUCAACCAGGUUGGUCUAUUCCGAUAACGAGACAAGUCCUGAAGAGAGGAUGGCAAAGUUGGCCAAGUACGCAUUUACACCCGCACAGAAUACAGUUGUUGUGUAG